UGGGUGGAGUGUAAAGAAGACAUGGGAGAAAACUGAUAGGUAUGGGCAGCAGGAGAAAGGACAAGACUGUCACUGAGUACUUUCAUGGUUUCAUACUUCCCUCAUACUCCGCAGCUAUUAAUGCUAGAUGUGAUAGCUAUGCCUUCUACAGCUGCUAGGUUCCCAAGCUGGAUUUUGGUGGGACUUUGUUUUUCCAUCUCCGUGUGGGGAGAGGGAGAGACACAUUUUUCGCAAUGUUACCAGAGCUUUUACAAGCAGAUGCCCCCUCGGGGCUUCAGCGGAGACCAUCUACAGCAGCUCUGUCACAACCUGGGGAACGGACAGUCCUUCGCUAGCUUGUACAGUGCUUCCCGCGAUGCUACAGUCUUCUCUGCACUUUGUAUCGGCAAAGGAUGGAGACACAAGGGGAGUGAGGGAGACCACAAGGAUGAUGAGGGCUUGGAUGUUGAGUUGGAUGAAACACGCGCUGAAGGAAGCAGGGAGCAAGAAGAUGGAGAUGGGAAGUCCCAGAAAGAGGGUGCGGUGGGUCUACCAAGCUUGCCACUAGCACUUCUUGGGGAUGGAGUCUAUACCUCCACCAACACACAUACUCACAUAUGGGACAUCAUGAUGCUCAAGUUUGUUCAUAACAAGACCCUUCCUUGGUGUCACUCUAUGGAAGGCGAUCUGUAUGUGUUAACUGGCAAGCAGCAUAUUGCUGAAUCCGAAAAGGGAGACGAGCUUUGUCUGUUCUGGUCUGCUUUGUGCUGUUCCGUGGCCGACGAGAAGAGGAAACACAGUUUUGGGGUAUUAAGAACUGCUGAUGGAGGGGUUAAGUUACUGAGCGUGGGAGCUCUGGAGGAAGUGCUUGGAGUAAGUGACCUGUUUCCCGGUAGGUGUGAUGAGAGCGGUGGACCAGGGGAGGACAAAAGUGAUAUGCAGGCUUUCUUUAAUACAAUAACAGCAGAGUUGAGCACUGACACACAAUCGCACGGUCUGGGUCCUGAAAGCACUGCUGCAGAUGUGCAAAGCACUGCGAAAGAACCACCGACCGCAGCAGAAGAACAGACAGAGAGCAUCCUUGUAUCCCUCAUCUCCUCAUCGUUCUCUCUGCUCGCCGUCCCCUUUCGCCCCAUUGUCUCCACCAUUACCCACAUCCCUAGGCAGGUAUCUGACGUAAUCCAAGAAGAUGUGGGCAUACUUUCGGCCCUGCCGUCUGACACCUUCUCAGUCUUUUACAGCAUCGUCUCAGAUGCGACAAGCGGAGUCAUGUCUGCAGGGGGGCUGCUAGGUGCAGCAGGGGAACAGUGUAUUUCUUACGUAUACUGCUGCACGGCAUCUCUGGUGGACACUCUUCUCAACACCUUCGUGGAGGGGGUAACCGGGGUGGGUACCCUGGCUGGAGAUGGGGUAGGCAUUUUUCAGGGAAUAGCGGCGAAUGCAUGGUCAGUUUCCAAAUUUAUUACUGGUACAGCGUGGGAACACAGUGAAGGCUAUCUGUGUGCAGUGUUCUCAGAAUUGGGCUCUCAGAUGCAAGGGGUGGGUGGUGGGCUGGGGAAACUAGUCAUGAAAGGGGGCAGAGGGGUAAGCAACGUGGUGAAAAUAGUGGGAAUGGUGAUGGCGGGGAGUGUAGAUAUGGUAGUGCAGGCCAUGAUGGAGGCCUUUGGAAAAGAGUGAUUUGGACUUCUUGUUCACUUAAAGGUCUGUCAUUUAACGUCUUAUAGACUAUAUACGUUAUAUAUAGUAUAUAUAAAAAAUAAGUCGUCAUGUUUUCAGUCAACCAGCAGUAUUUAAGGAAAUUGUC